UUCAUUCGGGGGCGGUACUUGGAAGAACGAUGCUUAUCAUGGCAGCUUGAUGAUAUAUAAAGAGGCAGUUUUGUUGACAUUUUAUCACAAACAACACUACGAUUAAGACAGCAAACAUUCUGUUAAAUUCUGAGGAAAAUGGACUUUGUUUUAAUAACGGUAUUGAUCGGCGUGGUCAGUGGCUUCCCUGCCGAUGAUUGUUCCAACAAGCCCGCCGAUGUGGUCUUCGUACUAGACUCGUCAAACAGCGUCUGGCUGGAGGAUUUCAAGAAACAAACAGCAUUUGUUAAGGAAGUCGUUCAGCAGUUUGACGUUGGACCAGGACCGACGCAGACGCGCGUUGCAGCGUUGACCUUUGGUCAUGAUGUAUGGAAACAGUUCAAUCUGAAUGAAAAACUGGUGGAUUCUGAUCUUUUCAAAGCGAUAGAUUCCAUCGAGCAUGGCAGGGGACGAAUGACAAAUACGGGUGGCGCCAUAAACUUUGCCCUCGAUAAGAUGUUAACACGAGAAGCCGGAAGUAGAGAUGGCGUUACGAAAGUCAUGAUUGUAAUUACUGACGGUCGUUCCCAAAAGACGAGGGAAACAAAGCAAGCCGCCCUCCGGGCCCAUGCGGCCAAUCUGACUAUGUUCGCUAUCGGUGUGGGUCGAAACUUGGACUUACUCGAAUUAAGUGACAUUGCCAGCAACCCUGAUACAGAUUACCUUUUCAUGGUGGAUGACUUCAACGCUCUGCCAUCUGUAACCAAACGAUUAGCAAGAAAGACAUGCGCAGUAUCUACACCGGUACCGACAACGUUGCCUCCUACAACAACGAAAGCUACUGAGCCAUCUGAUCAGUCGCACUUGGGAUGUGGAAGAAAGCCUGCUGAAAUUUUCUUCAUAAUAGACUCAUCCGGCAGUAUAACUGGAAAGGACUUCAACAAAGAAAUAAAUUUUGUCCAAAGUGUAAUCAAAGUCUUCGAUAUAGGCAGGGACAAGACGCGCAUUGGCCUCGUGAGCUUCAGUCACGAAACCUACAUGGAUUUGCCGCUUAACAAUACCUUGACCAAGCAACAGAUACUGGACAAACUUGACAGCAUCUUCCAAGCAGGUGGGGGCACAAACACCGCAAUGGCGCUGCGAAUGGUUCGACAACAAGGGUUCGAUUCGUCUGUUAUUCGUCCUGAAGCAGCGAAAAUCGCAAUUGUUCUGACAGAUGGCCUUUCAGCAGAUGAAGACAUGACGGAAAGAGAAGCCAGAUUAAUUCACGAACUAGGAGUAACCGUUUUUGCUAUUGGCAUCGGAAAAGGUGUGGAUCAAUUUGAAAUAAAGAGCAUCGCGAGUGAUCCGAAUGACCGACAUGCGUUCCAGGUUGAUGAUUUCAGUUCCCUCGAGACUAUUAAAGAUUUACUCGCCAUCAAAACGUGCGCCGUGAAACCUAAUGACUUGAAGGACAGCUUUAAAGAUCAGCCUUUUUGCCAGGUUAAAAAAGCUUCAGACCUGAUGUUCGUAUACGAUGCGACGGCAAUGGGAGUGCACGUCUCCAACGCGAUCGCUCAGUUCCUCUCCAGCGUUGUUUCAUCGCUUGAUGUCCGAUCUGGGCAGCUCCAUAUUGGUCGCAUUACAGAUGACUGUCCAACUGCGGGAAACAUACAACUGACAAAUAAACUGACCCCACUCGAUUUCUCAAAAUUCCAGCUCUCUUCUUACUCCCACAUGCUCGGCAAACUUCGGCGAGCUGGGUUUACAGUAGAAUAUGGAGGCCGAAAUGGUGCGUCAAAGGUCGCAGUUCUAUUUGUAGACGCAAAUAUGGAUGGACUGGAUGAAAAGGUGCUGGAAGAAGCGAGGUUGCUGAAAACAGAAAGCGAAGUUUUUAUUGUCACUCUUGGCAAUAGCGACAUUGUGUCUAAAAUAAGUAAGGAGUUUGGAAAUGGCUACCAUCAUCAUGUGAACAGUUACCGAGAUCUCAACAACGGGGUCGAGUUAUUUUUGACAAAAUUGUGCGAUUUCUUUACAUUUGCCGGCAUGGACUAUAACGUUGAUUACGUCGUACCGGUGUAAAUUCAAUUGCAAAUGAAAUGAACGAUUGUACAUGUCUUUUGCAUUCGUGUAUGCUAGUUUUAUUUGUGUUUAAUACAAAUAUGAAUAUAAAUUAUUUAUCAAAAAUGUUUCUAUUUUAUAAUAUAUUAUUUGUUGUUUUUGUUGUUUUCCUUAAUUUCUUAACACUUUCAACGUCCAUAAAGAGAUUAAUUAUAUACGACGGACAUGUAAAUAACGUGUGUAUUAUUUUAUUAAUAAAGUAUUUUUGGACCAAUGCAUAUAAA